AUGGUACAGUCUGUAGCGUCAUCAUCACCUUCAUUCAUUUUAUCGACUUAUGGAUCAAAUAAUAAGGCAACUGCAACUGAUGUUUUAAAAAGAUGGUUAUAUAUCUACAAUCAAUUUUUACGUCAAGGUGCUCGGGCGAUAGGUUUCAGUAGUGAUUGUGACGCUCGUUAUCUUAGAGCAAUGAGAUUAUGUACUCGAUUUUUUGCACAACUACCUAAUUUAAAUCUUGUUAAACAGAAAGAUGAUUUUCAUUUACAGAUACUUGAACGAUGGUCUUGGUUUUUUUAUGAGUGGACAACAAAUUUUACUUUUCAUGCAAGAUCCUAUUCAUGUUGCGACCAAAGUCGUGCCUUAUCAGGUCCGUAUUCUUCAAUUACAAAUUCCACUGUUAAGUCGUUUACAAAGAAAUGCGAAAAAAUAUCGAUUAUCAAUUCCAUUAAAUCUCGUGGUGGACAAAUAGGUGAAUACCAUUUUAAAUUUCCACAACAUCAUAAACUUGAAAAGGAAACAGAAGCACAUAACUAUUCAAUAAAUCCUAUCCAACAAUUAAAUUUAACGGAAUUUGAUAUCGAAAAAAUUAUACAAAGUGCAUUUGAAUCAGCUAAGCAAAAUAUUGAAAUCGUUAAUAUGACACAACUAUUGAAAAAUGAACAUAGAUAUUCCAUCUCCGAACUAAGUCAAUAUAUAAAAACAAAUAUAAGUAAAUCGUCAUCAAAAGUAAUAGAUUAUACGAAAGGCUUUGAUUUUGAUGACGAGAGUGACGAAGAUAAUCUACAAGAUGAUGAAAAUAAUUCAUCGAUGUCUGAUGAUAUAUAUUAA